AAAGUUCGUAACGUUUCCUCGUUUAUUACUUUCAAAAGAUGUCGUUUUAUAACAAACAACAAAAUACUGGUUAGACUAAAAAACAAAAAAACUCCUGUAUCUCUGCACUUUUUUUUAUAGAUAAUUAUAGUGUUGAACAACUUUGGGUUCUGUUGCAUGUAAAGCUGAAAACAGUUUUUUUUUUUUAGGUUUUGCUGAAAUCAUAUCAAAUAUAUAACAAAAUGUUCGGAGACAACUCAGAUUCCAGAGGCUUAAGGAAAAAAAGCCAGUGAAGGUGUUUCAUUUGGGCCCAAAUCUCGUUUCUGGGCUGGAAAAAAUGCUAGUCUGAAAUACAUUAAUGAGAGUUUAGUUAACGCAUCUUUGAAGCUGUAGAAUUGGUAGACCUGUAAAAUCACCCAAAAUAAAGACCUCAUGAUACAUGUUCCAGUUCUGCUUCUUGUGUUUAAGAAAAUUGACACUAACGUUGUUGACGUUCAGCUAGACGCAAAAGAUUUGUGCAUGUUUAUAGAUGACAUGAAGUUCCACCGUCUCCUAAUCCACAUCAAAAACGAGUGUUUUUUUUACACCAACGCUGUGGAACUUUGGAUUUUUAUGGUCAGACGGUGUUCAGCCCUGGCAGUAGCGUGCAUUUGUUAAAGCAGGCGUGAUAUGUUACCGUUUCUAUAGUAACAGCUCAUUGUUUGGAAAUGAAGAGUCCCGGUUAUUUGUGCACUAUUUGUAGAACAGGUUUUUUAAUUGAAGGUCUUGGCUGACUGUAAAGCACGCUGUAAUUUGUAAAAGGUAGUAAUUUUUGUCCUGCUGGUCCUUGAUGUGUCUUAGAGGAAUUACAGCGUCAACUGUUUGGCCAAUGACCUUGUUUUUUAAAAAGAAAAGCCUUCGUGUUCACAUUCCUGUGGCUUACAUUUAAUUCAGUGAGCCGCCUGCUGAACGCUACGGUCACAUGCGACCAUAUAAGCACGACGGCGACGGUCACAUGUCUCGGCGGAGAGGACAUGUUCGAGCGUACGCGUUUUUCCUAAACCUUUUUUGUCUCCAAGGAACACCUCUGCCGAGAAAGUUCUUUCAAUGGAAAUGAAUAUUCAGGCAGAUUGAAUUACUGCUGCAAAGCCAAGGCUUUUUUUUUUUUUUUUCUUUUUCCUCUCACCACAUUCAGAUGACGUGCCUUACUUCUGUAUUCGAUCCUUCGUGAGUCACAUCCUCGAGAGAAGUUUCCUUUUUUUUUUUUUCCUGAUUUCACUCGUGGCACGUUUAAGACCAAGUCGUCCUUCUCGCCCACUUCGCCGAAGAUUUAUUUGUAAAAUGACUUGCCACACAGCGUGCGAGGCAGCAGAACACAUUAAAAACAUGCAUCCGAUGUGGCAGGAGCCACUGGAAGUGCCAGGAGGAGACCGCCAGUCUCCCAUCGACCUCAGUCUGCGUAAAAGCAUCUUCGACCCGAACCUUAAGCCGCUUGUUACGCAGUACGAACCCAGAACCUGCCAACAGAUCUGGAACAACGGAUAUUCCUUCCUAGUCGAGUACGACGACACGACAGACAAGUCCACACUACGUGGCGGUCCCCUGGAGGAUCAGUUCAGGUUGUGUCAGUUUCAUUUCCACUGGGGUGAGAAUAACAGCUGGGGCUCUGAACACACUGUGGACCGCCACCUUUACCCCGCUGAGCUUCACUUAGUCCAUUGGAAUGCAGAUAAAUACACCUUGUUUGAGGAGGCUGUCAUGGAGGAGAACGGACUGGCUGUUAUUGGGGUCUUCCUGAAGGUUGGGAAAACCCACGAGGGUCUGCAGAAGCUGGUGGAUGCUCUACCUGCUGUCAGACACAAGGACAGUGUAGUAGAAUUCAAUAAAUUUGACCCAUCCUGCCUCCUGCCCGAGACCAUGAACGAGUAUUGGACAUAUCCCGGGUCUCUGACGACGCCCCCUCUGACCGAGGCCGUCACCUGGAUCAUCAUGAAGCAGCCCAUUGAAGUGAGCCACGAUCAGUUGGCCGUGUUCAGGAGUCUCCUGUUCACCUCAGCAGAGGAGGAGGUUCAGAAGAGCAUGGUGAACAACUUCCGGGUCCAGCAGCCUCUAAAGGGCCGAACCAUUCGUUCGUCCUUCACCCCGUUCCUCUAGAAUAUUUCACCCCUUCACUCCUAAACCUUCACCUUGUGAAGACCUUAUGAAGAUCUAAUGGAAUCAUCUUUUAGUCUUUUUAGCCCUGUUUACGACCAGGAACCCGAGUCAGGUCCAAAAGGUCUGAGUCCCAUAAUACAGGUCUGUUAAUGAAAAAGUGAAUAACAAAAUGCACACAGGAUCUUUCUAGAGCUGCAGCUUACGAUCAAAGUGUUUUCACACCAUUUUAACACCGUUCUCUACUUUCAUAUUUUUUUCUGGAGGUGAAAUUUAUUUCUUGAACAUAUACGCAUGAUACGGUGAUGUACGUUACACUGCCAGUCAAACGGUUUUGAGCCCUAAACGUAUUUAAUUCGCUGUUACAUGAUUAACGUAACAAUUUUCUGCUUUUUCAACUAAAUCAGCUUAAAACGCACAAAAUUCACAGUAAUUUGAUAAAACGAGAAGUUUUCUAAUGAACGUAUUAGAUUAAUGUUAGAUUUUUCUCAUUUUAGAGUUCAUGUAAAACAGUUGGACCGUGUGUGUGUGUGUGUGUGUGUGUGUGUGUGUGUGUGUGUGUGUGUGUGUGUGUGUGUGUGUGUGUGUGUGUGUGUGUGUGUGUCACAAGUUCAGGAUAUUUUGGUGGCUUUAUUUCAUCGAACCCCAGAUCUCGUGCCUUACUGUAGAUCUAUAGCGACUGUAGAAAUGUUACACGUAAGUGAAUUUAACUUUGUGCCCUGGAAGUUAAACACAUGUUUGGCACUUCUGACCUUUCUGACGACAUCGGAAGACUUCCAAAUAUUUUAGAGAUUAGUUUAUCUCCUAAAGCCUCUUCAUUCAGUAGAGAAACGAUCACGAUCUUCUCGGCGCUCUUCUUUUCUCACACAAGUGUAUGUAAUAACCGACCCUGUGCUUCGUGUUUACUGUCCGUGACAUGAACUCGAUUUAAACCUCAAACUGCACAUUUCCUUUAACGAUUUACUGCUAGCGAGUGACAGCGAUUUAACUUUAUCUUUCUGACCAACUGAUGAUUGGGAGUAAAUAGCUGAGUUUAUUACAUAGCGGAUUCACAUGCAGGAUGUAGGAAAAAUACCGGAAACGCUUAAAUAACGUAUCCUAUACAUUUCGUGGUGCUGUGAAUGAUUGAUUUUUUUGUUUUGUUUUGUUUGUUUAUUAAUAGAUAAAUAUUGGGACAGUACAGACAGUGCACCUUAUACUUCAUAUAUAGUUUAGAAAAUAUUAAGAAAUAUUUAUUAUUAUACCUGGUUUAGAUUUAAUCUGACCUGCUAGCAAUUAGGUUUCUAAAGCUAUAAAUCAGUGCCGUAAAAAAAAAACCGUUAGCGUUAUAAAGCCAAUUAGCAACAAUAUAUAUUAAUAAUUAAUAUUAAUAAGCAAUAAUAUAUUUAGGUUUCUCGAAUUUAGGGGUCACGGUGGCUUAGUGGUUAGCACGUUCUCCUCACACCUCCAGGGUUUGGGGGUUCGAUUCCCGCCUCCACCUUGUGUGUGUGGAGUUUGCAUGUUCUCCCCGUGUCUCGGGGGUUUCCUCCGGGUACUCCGGUUUCCUCCCCGGUCCAAAGACAUGCAUGGUAGGUUGAUUGGCAUCUCUGAAAAAUUGUCCAUAGUGUGUGAUUGUGUGAGUGAAUGAGAGUGUGUGUGUGUGUGCCCUGUGAUGGGUUGGCACAGGGUGUAUCCUGCCUUGAUGCCCGAUGACGCCUGAGAUAGGCACAGGCUCCCCGUGACCUGAGGUAGUUCAGAUAAGCGGUAGAAGAUGAAUGAAUGAAUGAAUGAAUGAAUGUAAACUAAUUUAUUUAUUUAACAUAAAACCGGAAAAAGAAAUCAGCAAACACGGACAAAUGAUGUAUAUUUGAGCUUAAGAUGUAUUGUUAAAGUUAAAAACAUUCCUAAUGCAAAUAUAGUAUUAAAAUACAUACGUUUCUAGUAAAAUAAAUAUAAUAUAAUUACAUGGGUUUGUUGUUACAUGCAGUACAUGUGGUAAAUUGCAUUAAAGUGACCUCGUGUGCCCCAGAAUCACGCCAGUGUCUUUAGACAGAUAGACAGAUUUAUUUCUAAUAAAAAUUAGGCGUCACUUAUUAUCCACAGAAUACAGUAAUAGCAUCCCAGCCUCUUUGUGACUGAUUUACUCAUAUUGUUGUAUGUUUUUUUUGGUAUUUUUUUCUGCUUCCUGCAUGUGUUAUUUAUAUCAUACAAAUAAUAUAUGCUGUAAAAAUCUAUAGUUUAUAAACUUUCUGUACACGAUGUAGUUUUAGCACGUCGAAGCGUUUCUGGUUCAGAUUUUAUUCCGUAUGCAGCAGAGUUUGGAAAACCGCCGUGCCUUCAGCUUUGUGCUCCCACACUGUUUCAUUGUCCCACUGCCAAAAAUCUGUUCUUCAUUCUUGUUAAAGCAUGAAGGAUGCUGAUGCUGUAUGGUUCAUUUUUUUUAUUAUUAUACUUAUAACUGACCACAAGAUGGCGUCGGAGCUCAAGGAGAGCGAUGCAGGUUCUGUAUGUUAUGAGUCUAGGAGCAGGAAAAUCACAAACUAUGCCGGAUACACAAAAGUAUAUGCACCAUGUACACUACUUUAAUAUAUAAAGUAAUAUUAUUAUUUAAAAAAAAUACAUUUAAGUCGAGACCAUUUUUGGCUGAGGUUCCUGUAGUGUAAACUCACAGAUGGGUGAUUGCUUCAUCUCUCCAACCAAACCCAAGCAAAUUCUUUCUAAACUGUCUAGAAUGUGGAUCUACAGGAACAGACAUGAUUAGUGGAAAUGUGACACAAGCAAGUUAAACACUUCAAAUGCUGCUUUUUAAAAGCUUUUAUCUGAGGAAACUCGUGUGAGAAACGUAGGAACUCUGUGCUGCUUGAGCGGGAAGUGGUUUGUACCACAACGACAAAGAAGUCAUGCUCAGAGAAAAUCCUGACCUCUAAACAGUUUUUUUUGUGCUAUAAUCAUGAGUGAAUGCUCUGAUCCAACAUCAGCUCUCCUGCUCCGAGUCGUCUUUGUUUCGGUCUGGACGCCAUCCUGCUUUGUGGCUGAAUAACAGCGUUUCUGUACAAACCCUUCCUCUGUGGUGGCCUCCAGCCUGAAAAGGCCAGCUGGUGUGUGUGUGUGUGUGUGUGUGUGUGUGUGUGUGUGUGUGUGUGUGUGUGUGUGUGUGUGUGUGUGUGUGUGUGUGUGUCUGGGGCCCAGUUUCAGCCUCACUAACCAGAUUAGAAAGCUGGGGCUGAGCAACACACCACCUGUCCUGUAGCAACACAAAGUGUAUUUCCUGUCUUGAUGAUAUGAUUUUUGUCUUUUUCCUUUGUGAUUUAAUAUUAACGAUUUGACCGAUUGCCAGGUUGAAGCAAUCCACUAUUAUUUGUUUGGUGACCGGUCUACACUACAGGAUUGCUUGGUUUAUAAUCGCAAAUAAUUAGCGUAUAAAAACCCGACAGAUCUGGCAACCCUGCGUGGGUUUCCUGCAUUUUAAUUUUGUAUCGACGUGGAACAACGUUACCGAAGCGUGUAAAAUACUUUCGAUUGCAUCGAGCAGUAUCUGACAUGCACAAAACUUUGGGUUCAGUAUUUUAACGAGUCAAUCGAAUUUGUAAUUUAACUGCUGUUUGUGUUUUUACGCACCAAUAGGAAUGCACCGAUCAGAUACAUGUUUAAAUCUGGGGAAAUUUUCCAGUCGAUUCCAAUUCCGUUAAUUCCAAACUCUUCACAUUUGUGUGUAUAAUCUUCUUGGCCUGGUUUUAAUCAUCAUUAUAUAAUAAAUUAUAAAGACUUGUAUUCUAUCUGGUGCAUUCUCGUCGGCCUUCCAGUCCCGUCAAACGUCUAAACGCAAUCGAACAACAACCCGAGUGUUAGGAUCACAAGAUGCCACUACAGAGAAUUCUAUUUCAACAGACGCAAUAAAUAUCAUGAUUACAUGUUAGCUGACUUUGUUGGAAAUAUAAAAAAAAAAAGCAGAAAACGUAGCUCUUGGACGUCGGCACGAUCGCAAUCCCUAUUUCAUGACAUUUUCACCGGUCAAUUUCUGUCUUACUGUCAUUUCAUCAUGUCUGUUUGAAAAUAAUCACGCACAAUGUUUUUAUUCUAAUCCUUAUGUAUCGUACAGUGUGUAAAGUUUCGUAGUGUUUAACAGGACUGUAAAUGUUCGAGAUGUGUGUUUUUUGCUGUGGGACGUCCUUCCUGCUCUCCCGCUCCUCUGGAAUCUAAAGUGGGCUUUUUUUUCCCCUGAGGUUUCCCUGGCGAUCUAAAUGACCUGUUCCCAGCAUGCUUUGUUGUAGCAGGUGCUGACCGGGUGUGAUCCAGCCACGCCGGGUCUCUCUGUAAAGAGUUUUCUCUAUAAACAUACGCACCCCAGACGUCUACGCUACAAACGCUCGUUCAUGCGGUCCAGAAAAUGCAGUGUAGUAAAGAUUCUUUGAUGAAAAGGAUGAAAUAAAAUCUAAACAACUCCA